AUGCCGGCCGGAACUGAUGAUGAUCACGAUGAGAGCUCCAACAAUAAGAAGCAAGUAGUAGGUCAAAUAGAAUCGUCAAAAAUUAGAAAGGACGAUCGUGAUUGUGAUUAUGAACACCGUGAUGAUUCGAUAACGAUAAGUAUCAACGGCGAAGAAAUGGCAGCUGCAGGUAGAAGAGAACGACGUCGUUGUAAUAGCAGCGAGCACUCGCAUUAUUCGCAUGCAAUCCACCCAGUGAUUAUACCACCUUUCUUUUCAAGUGUUGAGAAACUUAAGCACAAGUUGUUUGAGAUAUUCUUCCCGGAUGAUCCCCUUUCGAGUUUCAAAAACCGUACGGUUUGGGAGAAAGUGUGUAGAGGAGCUCGGAGCCUCUUCCAUAUCUGCCAUUGGUUGCCUCAUUACAAUUUCAGGCUCUUUAGAUCUGAUCUCAUAGCUGGGAUCACCAUUUCUAGUUUGGCCAUUCCACAGGGUAUUAACUAUGCUAAACUAGCGAAUUUGCCUCCAAUAAUUGGGUUAUAUUCAAGCUUUGUGCCACCGGUGAUUUAUUCGUUUCUAGGGAGUUCAAGACAUUUGGCCGUAGGUCCAACCUCCACAGCAGCAUUGGUGAUGGGGACAAUGCUAAGCGAUAUGGUUUCCACUAAUAGUGAACCAGAACUCCAUCUCAGACUUGCCUUCACCGCUACCUUUUUUGCUGGCUUGUUUCAGGCUUCUUUGGGGCUUUUUAGGUUAGGCUUCAUUCUUGAUUUUCUAUCAAAGGCAACUCUGAUUGGAUUUAUGGCUGGAGUAGCCAUCCUUGUGUCCCUCCAGCAGCUUAAAGGAUUGCUUGGGGUAUCUCAUAAUAUCACUAAUAAGAUGCAGCUGGUUCCUGUUAUGUCUUCUCUAUUCAAAUAUAGAAAUGAGUGGUCGGGCACAAUCAUUAUAAUGGGCUUCUGUUUCCUGGCAUUUCUUCUAGGAGCAAAACGAUUUAGCUCAAAAAAGCCAAAGUUCUUCUGGGUUUCAGCAGCUGCUCCAUUGACUUCUGUUAUUUUUGCAAGUGUCAUAGUAUUUGCCCUUAAAACGAAAUUCAAACAUGUUCCCAAGAUUGGUGAGCUUCCAAAUGGUAUCAACCCUCCUUCAGCAAACUUGUUAUACUUUGAAAUUGAUCCUUACCUGGGUCGUGCUAUCCAAACAGGCAUUGUAACCGGCAUCUUAGCUCUCACCGAAGGAAUUGCGGUUGGAAGAACAUUUGCUUCAGUGCAAAACUGUCAACUUGAUGGGAACAAAGAAAUGAUGGCAAUUGGUGUAAUGAAUGUAGCUGGUUCUUGCUGCUCAUGCUUUGUAACAUCAGGUUCAUUUUCGAGGUCCGCGGUGAAUUUCAACGCAGGAGGAAGAACACCACUUUCAAAUACAAUAAUGGGAAUAGUUGUGCUUGUGACCCUGCUAUUUCUCAUGCCACUGUUUAUUUACACACCAGAUGUAACAUUAGCAGCAAUUAUCAUAACGGCUGUCCUUGGAUUAAUCGAUGUUAAGGCUAUGGUCAAUCUUUGGAGGCUUGACAAGCUUGAUUUCUUGGCUUGUUCUUGUUCCUUUUUUGGUGUUCUAUUCGUCUCUGUGCAGACUGGCCUGCUUAUUGCUAUUGGAGUUUCUGUGUUCAAAGUAAUUCUACAUUUGACAAGGCCAAACACUAUGAUUUUGGGAAAUAUUCCAGGCACCCAAAUAUACCACAGUCUUUAUCGUUACAAAGAUACAAGAAGAGUUCCUUCCUUCCUCAUUUUGGGGAUUGAAUCUCCCAUCUACUUUCUUAACUCAACUUACCUCCAAGAGAGGAUAUUAAGAUGGAUACGGGAUGAGGAAGAAAGGAUUCUAAGAGACAAUGAGUUACCUUUGAAAUGUGUAAUCUUUGAUAUGACUGCGGUGACAGCUAUAGAUACCAAUGGUCUUGAUCUUAUAUCGGAACUUAAAAUGACUCUAGACAAAAAAUCUCUCCAGUUGGUUUUGGUGAACCCUGUGGCAAGUGUAAUGGAGAAGCUCCACCGUUCAAAGAUAGUGGAUUCAUUUGAAUCCAAGGGACUAUAUUUGACAGUAGAAGAAGCUGUGAGUGACAUAUCAUCGUCAUGGGAACCUUUACCAUAA